GUUUUUUCCUUAUCCUGAUUAGGACGUCCUGGUGCGUAGCAGAUAUCCUAACAAAAAAAUUAUCGCUUCGUUGAGUUUGCCAAGUUUGGGCGAUAUAAAAAAUGGCCCCCUCGUUGAUCUUUUCGUCUUGAGUAAGGGCAUCGUAAAGUUACAGCGACAUAGUAGAAGUUCCAUCUGUCACAUUGGGAUCUUAUAGAGUGAGUUCUAGUCAAUUAGAGGGAAGACCUAGAAGAACGCAAAUGUUCCUUGGAUAUUCCAAGCUUCAAUGCAUUCUUUACAUCAUCGUCUGCUCAGCUCUUCUGGUCAACGUAUUUGUAUUCUUCUCAACGCCCGGAUGUGCCAACGUGAUCAACGUCCUGAAAAAGUCUCUCUCGGACAACAUGGAGAAAAGUCGGCUGUAUCAUCUGACCCAAAGACUGGAGACUCAAGUCAAAGCCCAAAAACAGGUGAUCGCUUUCUUGUCGCAGCCCAUCAUCAACAACUUCGACUUCAACUACACCAGAAGCCUCAAGGAUGCGUGCACGAAAGACGCCCCUGAGCUGCUUGUCGUCGUUCCGUCAGCGCCGGGAAAUUUCCGCAGGAGGCGUAAGGUGAGGAGAAGCCCUAGGGGGUUGUACGCCAUGAACGCGAGCAAUAAGGCGAAGCUGUUGUUCUUCGUGGGGAGGACGCCCGCGAGUCCGAAUGUCCAAAGAAGGUUGAACCUGGAGGCGGACGACCACGGGGACAUCGUCAUGAUGGACUUUGAUGACGAGUACAAGAAUAUCCUGAUCAAGGCGGUGUCCAUGCUGAGGUGGACGCUGACCUACUGCCCGAACGUCACCUACGUCAUUCGCACGGACGACGACGUGGAGGUGGACAUCGCCAACCUUCUGAAGAUCAUGCGCAACAAGAGUCGUAACUACGAGAACUUCAUCCUGGGCGACACCAACGUUUACCUCGACGUGGUCCGAGACAACAGGGACAAAUACUACGUCUCUAGGGAGGAGUACCCUCACUCCACCUUCCCUCCCUUCGCUUUGGGCGGAUUGCUGGGGUAUCCUGUGAGCUCGGUGGCGCUCCUGUACCAGGCAGCCCUUAGACUGAAUCCUAUUUGGCUUGACGAUGUCUUCAUCACGGGGAUGUGCGCCCCCAAAGUUGACGUGCCUCUACUUGACGACCCUGAGUUCAUAUUUGAACACCCUGGAAUGUGACUAGCGUCUAAUAGAACAACAAAUAAGUCAUUGAAAUGUUGCCAAUUAUUACGUUUUAGGGCUAAAGGGAACUAACGCUGUCAACAAUAAAAAAAUUUUACUGUGGAAAAAAAUUAAUACACUUCCUCAUAAGUGACACGUUUAAAAAAAAAAUGUUUGAUAAACAGUAUUAUAUCCGAGGCCGCACCGGUGACACGUCAUUACGAAUGAGUUAGGGUUCCUGUAUAAUGUUCGUAGAAUGUAAGCUUUUUUUUUAGCCCAAUUUUAGCAUAUUAUGUGAGUUGAGAACUUUGAGAAGUAAUAUCUAGAAAUAACAUUUGCAAGCUAAAAGUUGCAAAAUGAGAAGAUGGUGUGAAUGACUCUUCCAUGUUGUUAAUGCUACAUUUAAUUGCUACCUUUACAUCAAUUCUAAAGAGUGGCCAGUGGCCAGUAGCACUACAUUGGACUGUUGCAGCCUGGUAAUUUAGAUCUGACAACUAGUGAUCUGAAGUCACGAGUGCAUAUGAUGACCUAAAUUAGUUGUAAUGAAAAAACAAUCUGGGACAUGCUGUUGAGUGCCGCUCUUUCAAGAACUGAGCUCGUUAUGGAUCUGGUCUGAUAAGUAGUGACUUUGAACAAGCCAUUAGUAAAAUGAUGACCAGGAUUCUUUUUUAAUGAAAAAGCAUCAAUCUUUGAGUUGUGUAUUUAGGGCCGGAUUUAAGACAGGGCAGGCGGGGCUUCUUCCCCGAGCCUCCACUCCGCUGAAUCCAGUCCUGUGUGUAUUGUUUAUUAGCUGUUCUGUGACGGACUGUCACAUUUAUAAUCUGGUCUGAUAAAAAAGAGAUGUGUAGCAAUCUCUUUCAUAUAUAUAUGAAGACCUGUAAUGUUUAUGAAUGUGGUUACCACAUAGUUGUGAUAUAUUUAGUGAAUCCAUGAUUGCGUUAUAUAUAUAUAUAUAUAUAUAUAUAUAUAUAUAUAUAUAUAUAUAUAUAUAUAUAUAUAUAUAUAUAUAUAUAAUAUAUAUAUAUAUAUAUAUAGUGAUUUCUAAUUUUCAAUAGCCUUGAGCUGGGGUGAACUAUUUAUGGAGUAAGAAGUGGGAUCCAUAAAUGUCACCACAAUGAGUUUGCGUGACCUUGGUUUCUUUGUUUAGUGUAGGCGUUUAUAGAGAUUAUGUUAGGAGAAUUGCCGUUUGACCAGAACUCCUACUGCAAAAACAUUAAGACAGUUUACUGUGAGCGACUAAGGGCCUUCAGACUUCCGGUGUGGCAGACACAUAUAAUAAUAAUAAGGAUUGUCUUUGAGACUGAAAAUUAAUGAGGAAUGCAGUAUUUCCAGUGGCUAGGCAGCCCCUGCUGCGACCUACGUAUUUUGCCACAAGUAGCUCAAGAAACAUAUAAGUUAAUUGCUAUAAAUAUAUAAAUCCCUUGAAACUACAGAUUUACACUUGAGAUACACAAGUUAGUAUAGAUAAAUCAGAGAAAUAUAAUUCUUACAAAUGCAGAUGUAGAAAAAAUGACUACUGUCUAAUCUGAACUACUAAAUAUUAAUAUUUAAAAUAAAUUAAAAUAUCGCUCUCUGCCGGGGUACUGACCGUACUAGGUACCUCAAUUGACUACCGACCACUGACUGGCAAAAUACUGACUUAAUACUAAGUCCAUAACCUUAGCUAGGCUCAGAAUAGUUCACCUCAGCUCAAUGCUUCUGUGAGUACUAUUUAACAUGACGGCUGUCUGGUCGAGCGGUAUUCGCGCUGGACUGUCAUUCGGUUGUCUCGGUGGGCCAGGGAUCAUAUCCUGCCCGCUGCCUUCCCCCGUCGUCUUGCGGGAGGUUAGAAAUAGGAAGUAAUUUACCUAUGCCCCAUUAUGUACAUCCUGAUCAUGUAUAGCAUGAAACACACUAGAUUGAUGUUGUAGUUUGGGUUUCGUUAAUUAUCAUAAAAUUAUGAGGUGAUAAAUGUUCAGAUGUUAACCAAUGCCUUGUACCUCUUCCAUAGGUCAUUAUCAUAUCGUAGCUUACUAUUGUCAUAUUUGAUUUGCAUUUAUUUCAUUUUUGUUAAUGCUUAAUGAGAUUUGUUAUAGUAAAGGCAGCUGAUAAUAUCGCAGCCAAGUCCUUAGUAUAAGUGAAUGAUUAAUCUGUUAUUGUGUGUUUGUGUGUGUGUUUUUUUAUAUAGAACUAAGUGAAGGAUUAAUCUGUUAUUGUGUGUUAGUGUGUGUGUUUUGUGGAACAUUGUAUCUGGGCCGGCCUUAGACCACUGCAACCUCUUCAACCGCAAUUAGCCCCGCAGUGUCAUAGGCCCCGCACUGUCAUAGGCCCCGCGCUAAUUUUUGGAGUAAAAUAUUGAAUUAAACUAUUUAUAACUUAUAACAGAUUUUCCUCGGUAUCCCGGUUUACAAGGAACUCCUACGAAAUCUCCUGAAAUUGCAAAAUAUACGAAAAGUCCUGGAAAUCUCCUGAAAUUAUUAAAAUCUUGUGAAAACUCAUAAAACUCUCCUGAAAUAUCGACACAUAGUCAUUUUGGAGCGUCAUUCAAAAUGAAAAAAGCAAAUUCUACGCACGAUAAAAAAAAUGGAAUUAUACAAGACCCGUAGCUGCGGCAUCUAGUAGAACGAGCUUCUCGCGUCUAAUGAAGAAUUACUUGAGGUAAACAAUUCACGAAGAUAGAUUUGAUAAUUCUUGCUAUUGAGCGUGAUCUAUGUAGUAAACAGAAUUUUGAUGAUAUACAGUAUGACUUCGCUACACGUAAAGUUAAUUUGAUCGUGAUCUUGUAAAGUGUAAAGUAAAGUAAAGUUCCCCUUUCAGACCUUGUGGUCUAUAGGGCAGAUGAUGCAAAGGUCAUCUGUUUCUGUGGCCUACGGUUAACAAGGGUGUCAUGUGGCCAGCACAACGACCAACCGCCUUUACUUUUCCCUAACUAAUGCCAGGUACCCAUUAGAGCUGGGUGGACUCAGAGGCCCCCGAAGAUCCCGAAAUUAAAAAUCCCAGUCUUCACCAGGAUUCGAACCCCGGUCCCCGGUUCGGAAGCCAAGCUUUACCGCUCAGCCACCGGGCCUCCGUGAUCUUGUACGACGUAGUAAAGAAUUAAUAAAAUUCAGAGACGAAUUUAUUUUCUAAUAUAAAAUCUUGAUUUUCACCUAUUAUCCGUAUCCUUACCCAUACCGGGCCCCACACAAUCCGUUUCGCAUAGGGCCGGCUUUGCAUUGUAUGUGUUAUUCUUAUGAAUGAUUCGCAUGUUUCUAUAUGUGUUAGUAUGUGCCAUUUAUAUAAGCGAUAAAAAAUAUCGGUGGAAUUUAAGUGGUCAGCUUUUCCAACAGUGUUGUCCAGAUUCGAAAUUUGUCACAUGAGUUCGAAAAUGGAUAGGUUUACAAUUUCUAGGUAGAUCUAUGUCCUUUUAAUGCAUAACUUAUAAGCGGAAGUCAUAAAUAUGAUAGAAAUUGACCAAAUGAGAAUUGUAGCUUUACAGCCAGAAAACGAACGCCACAAGACAACGGCUUCACAAAAUCUGAUUGGCUACACAUUUGGGACAUACAGAUCUUUCAGGUUUGCGUUAAAUUCUGUGAAUUGGUCAGAGUAGAAAACAACAACAAACAUUUCCAAUAUAGUUAGAGUUAGCGCGAGUGCUUCCUCGAGUUUUAGAUUUCGAAUCUAGGUGUAGACUGGGAGUAUAAUUUUCGGGAUUAUCAGGGCGUCCUUUAGUCCAACCAACUCUAAUGUGUACCUGGCACAUUGGUUGGUCUUUUAAUUGGCCACACAAGACACCCGUUAACCGUCGGCUACAAAAACAGAUGACUUUGUCAUAUUACCGAUAGAUUGCAUGGUCGCACUUUACUUUACGGACUUAUGUUUAGAUCAAAUGUAUCUAUCUGCUGGCCUGUAUCUUCAUUGUUUGUGUUGAGAGUAUGACGGAGAUAGCUUAAGACCCAAGUGAUCUAAAUGUUUAUUUAUUUGACUGAAAAAAAAUGUCCCGUUUAUUUGUAAAUUAUUUCUUAAUUUAUAAAUCUUUCUUUUUCAAUUUCCCUUUUGGAGUUUGAAAGAGUUUAUCUUUUGUGCCUAGAGAACGGCAUUCACUUUAUUAAAUAAAUUAAAAGUUUGA